AUGGCAACUCUUGAACAAGCAGACCCGCGGCAAUUGUUCAAUACUUCGUGGACCACCCACCGUCUCUCCCCUCUUCAUCAUGGGAAGGAUUGUGAAACGCUCCUGGACAACCAGGUCGCCUUGAAAACAUAUGCAACGCGUCUGCGGGAUCAUCUCACUGGCAACAUCCUUGCUGGGUUCCAGACAAGCACCAGCGCACUAGAAGACGACGCGCUCUCUAAAACAGGCGCCCUCCGAGCCUGUCAAUGGCAGCCAAUCCGCGCACCGCGCAACACAGUGUCUAUCAGUUCCCAGAAACCCACCUUCUCUGGAGUUCUAAUAACUUUGCAAUACGAAAACAUCACCUACAAAGUAGCGUUGCUAGCAGACACAGAAUCAACCCCGAAUCAACGCACGGGAUCCACAUCUCUGCCUCUCCUCCUAACCAGGUUGCCAACCGGGCUCCGACAAACGUUCCUCACAUUCAUAUCCACCAACUUCGACACGUACUGCUCACCCCUGCGUCUACCAUCGAGCUUCCUCUGCGCUGGCCUAGAGACAUACAUCGAUGCACUGGGUAGCCAGGGUAAUUCCGAGGCAAUUGCAGCAGAUGUAAUCAAAGAAUUACAGCUUACGCUCUCACUUUCUCCGUCGAUCGCACCGGCGCUGCGAUCUGUCAAUGUGAGCGUGACACGGUCUUCACUGGCAGACUUCCUGCGCGAUCAACCGGGACAGUCGACAUCGCGCACUCUCGAGUCGAAAUUGCGUAGCCCUUUGCUUCCCAAUCUUACUUCAUAUCUGGAGACGCAUCUGGCCAUGAAUGUGGAUUUGGAUGGGUCGUCCUCGAAUCAGGCUGCUAGAAAACAUGUACGGCUGUCGAAGGUUGCCUGUGCUGCGUUCGUUUUGGGCGAGGGCCGUGUGAAGCUGGUUGUUGCUGAUGAUGAGGACAAUGGCGAUGAUGAUGACGGUUCCCGGGCCCGAGGUGACGGGAACAAUGUUUCUCUAGUGGCAGGGGAAGCGCUUCUACGUUCGGUGAUCCGGAAAGCUGCUGUGGGGGAUCAUUCGGCUACGUGA